CCACCUCUCACUUCAUUCAGUGAGCCUGUAGUCGUCGGGGCGGGUCGUCACUGCACCGUAUUAAUAUUAUCAUCACAAAAUCUGUGUAUUUAUAAGUUAUAUACUGUAGGACGACCCGAUACCUAACCCGACCUAAGUACUUAAACAAUCAAGCGAAAUGUUACAUCUGAAGAAUAUCGCAAAAUCCGCAGUCCCGCCCCUUAAGAACACCAUCCAAAAUGAAGCCGUCAAUAAUAUGGUCAAAAUCGCACCUGCUGCUGUGAAUGUCUGCUGCCGUACUUAUGCCAGUCAUGAAAUUCCAGACAGGCUUAAAGAUAUUCCCACUAGUGCGAACCCAAGAUUCUUCGACAUGGUGGAGUAUUUUUUUCACAGAGCCUGCCAGGUAGUCGAAAAUAAAUUAGUUGAAGAUAUGAAGUCCAGAGUAUCAAUUGAAGAGAAGAAAAAGAAGGUUGCCGGUAUUCUGCAACUGAUGCAGCCUUGUGAUCAUAUUCUGGAAAUCCAGUUUCCUCUUAGGCGUGAUUCUGGCGAUUAUGAAAUGAUUCUCGGCUACAGAGCCCAACAUUCCUCGCACAGAACUCCAACAAAAGGAGGUAUUCGAUUCUCAACGGAUGUAACGAGAGACGAAGUCAAGGCCCUGUCGGCUCUGAUGACGUUCAAGUGCGCGUGCGUCGACGUGCCUUUCGGCGGAGCCAAGGCGGGUAUCAAGAUUAACCCCAAGCUGUACUCGGAGCAUGAGCUGGAGAAAAUCACUCGCCGAUUCACCCUGGAGCUCGCCAAGAAAGGUUUCAUUGGGCCUGGUGUGGACGUGCCUGCCCCUGACAUGGGCACGGGAGAGCGGGAGAUGUCCUGGAUCGCAGACACCUACGCCAAGACCAUCGGUUACCAGGAUAUCAAUGCGCACGCCUGUGUCACCGGAAAACCUAUCAACCAGGGUGGUAUCCACGGCAGAGUGUCGGCCACCGGCCGGGGGGUGUUCCACGGGCUGGAGAACUUCAUCAACGAGGCCAACUACAUGAGCAUGAUUGGCACGACCCCCGGCUGGGGCGGCAAGACGUUCAUCGUGCAGGGCUUCGGUAACGUGGGGCUCCACACGUGCCGCUACCUGGUCCGCGCCGGCGCCACCUGCAUCGGCGUCAUCGAGCACGACGGCGCCAUUUACAACCCCGACGGUAUCAACCCCAAGGCUUUGGAGGACUACAGAAUUGAUAACGGCACCAUCGUGGGCUUCCCCGGGGCGAAGGCCUACGAGGGCGAGAACAUGUUGUACGAGAAGUGCGACAUCCUGGUGCCGGCCGCCGUGGAGCAGGUCAUCCACAAAGAGAACGCACACAAAAUCCAGGCUAAGAUUAUCGCGGAAGCCGCCAACGGCCCCACAACCCCCGCUGCAGACAAGAUCCUGAUCGACCGCAACAUCCUGGUCAUCCCGGACCUGUACAUCAACGCCGGCGGUGUCACCGUCUCCUUCUUCGAGUGGCUCAAGAACCUCAACCAUGUUUCUUACGGCCGUCUCACCUUCAAGUACGAGAGGGAGUCCAACUACCAUUUGUUGGAAUCCGUACAAGAGUCCCUGGAGAGACGCUUCGGCCGCGUGGGCGGGCGCAUCCCCGUGACUCCUUCAGAAUCCUUCCAGAAGAGGAUCUCUGGAGCCUCCGAAAAGGACAUCGUGCACUCCGGCUUGGAUUACACUAUGGAGAGGUCCGCAAGGGCCAUCAUGAAGACUGCCAUGAAGUUCAACCUGGGCUUAGAUCUGAGAACGGCCGCGUACGCGAACUCUAUAGAGAAAAUAUUCACCACAUACGCAGACGCUGGCCUCGCAUUCUAGACUCUCACUUUCAAUCUAAGUAUUGUCUGCAUUUUAUAGGCUCCUUUCUAGACCCUAUGCACAUAAGUAUAACUUUUAAGACAUUAUAUUCACAGUAUUUUUCUUUGUUGAAAUCAUGGCUUUUUUACUUUAUUAUAAGCGAAAUAUUAAGUGAAAAUUUAAUUUUCCAAUUGUAUCGUCUUGAAUUUUUGAAUAAAAUAUUGUUUUACUGUUACCAAAUUUAUAUUUUUCCCGUAAAUAUGUAAUAUACCUACUACCUACCUACUCGUACAUUUUCUUCAUUUAUCCUAGGUUCAAUUUGUUAGAUCCGUAUAAAUUAAGACCAAAUAUAAAACAACAGUCGAACUACUUA